AUCGGUCAUCUCUAUUUUUGUUGUUGUGUCAAACUUACUUCGCUGACUACGCUCAGUUGUAUUUGCCACUCUAGAAUAAUAUCUACAACGUUUUAAUACAUUGUCGAAAAUCUAAAUAAUUUUUUUAAGAUGUCUGAGGAAAAAAAGACUGAAACUGAGCACAUUAACUUGAAGGUCCUUGGUCAGGACAACGCUGUCGUACAGUUCAAAAUCAAGAAACACACGCCGCUGCGUAAGCUGAUGAAUGCAUAUUGUGACCGAGCAGGUCUUUCGAUGCAAGUGGUACGGUUUCGCUUCGAUGGGCAGCCGAUCAAUGAAAAUGAUACGCCCACGUCCCUGGAAAUGGAGGAGGGCGACACGAUUGAAGUUUAUCAACAACAAACAGGCGGCGCGACAAACACCAUCAACUUAUUAUAAUUCCAACACUAUUAAGAUGUCAAUUGACUUGGUUUAAUUUUAAAACAAACAUUAAUUUUGCAGACAGUAAACGGUGCAGUAAACAUUUUUUGCUAUUGUACAUUUACGCUGCUUUUGUUGCAUUAGCAAACAACAAAAAAUAAUA